CAGCUCAAGUCGUGUUUCGCCUGGUCCGGGACGUCCCCGUGGACGCUCUGGCUCUUCGCCCUGCUCUGCCUCGCCGGCGUCCUGCGCCUGCCGCUGCGGAUCAGCGACAACCUGAGCACAGCUCCCCGCAGGCUGGAACUCAGCCAGACUGCAGGGAUCUCAUUGCUGGCAGACUUCGUUAUAAAGGAGCUUUGCUUCCAGAGGCGUCACCGAGGUAUUGCUGUAAUUAUUUUUGAAACUUCGGGUUCCACCUAGAUGACCUUCACAUCCCACCAGUUGAGAAACACUGGUUUAAGGGUAGGAAGAAAUUAACUUGACAGAUUGUUUUGUCUUACCCUUUAUAAUUGAUGAUCCUUAUUACCAAGAAAUGAGAAGAUUGGAUCACAGGCCCAAGAUAUUUGAAUGGUGGUACUUUCGCAAGUAUGGGACAUCCUUCAUUGAGCAGGUCUCCGUGAGUCACUUGCGCCCUCUGCUGGGUGGGGUGGACAAUAACUCUCCCAACAACUCUAACACGAGCAACGGGGACUCUGAUUCAAACCGACAAAGUGUUUCAGAAUGCAAAGUCUGGCGAAAUCCAUUAAACCUUUUCAGAGGAGCUGAGUAUAACCGGUAUACAUGGGUGACAGGAAGAGAACCUUUGACUUACUAUGAUAUGAAUCUUUCAGCACAGGAUCAUCAAACGUUCUUUACAUGUGACACGGAUCACUUACGACCUGCAGAUGCCAGUAAGCAAAUGAACUCCUGCCAGGAGGUUAUGCAGAAAGCGUGGAGAGAGAGAAACCCCCAAGCCAGAAUUUCUGCAGCACAUGAAGCCUUGGAAUUGAAUGAGUGUGCCACUGCUUACAUUCUCUUGGCUGAAGAAGAAGCAACAACUAUUGUGGAAGCAGAGAAGCUGUUUAAGCAGGCUUUGAAAGCAGGAGAAGGCUGUUACAGACGUAGUCAGCAAUUACAGCACCAUGGAGCUCAGUAUGAAGCUCAACACAGGCGGGAUACCAAUGUUCUAGUAUACAUCAAAAGAAGGCUGGCAAUGUGUGCAAGAAAGCUGGGGAGGACCAGAGAAGCAGUCAAAAUGAUGAGAGAUUUAAUGAAGGAGUUUCCUCUGCUCAGUAUGUUCAACAUCCACGAAAACCUGCUAGAAGCUCUGCUGGAAUUGCAAGCAUAUGCAGAUGUUCAAGCAGUUUUAGCAAAGUAUGAUGAUAUAAGCUUACCCAAAUCAGCAACAAUAUGCUACACAGCUGCACUGCUCAAAGCCAGAGCUGUCUCUGACAAAUUCUCUCCAGAGGCUGCCUCCAGGCGAGGGCUGAGUACAGCAGAGAUGAAUGCAGUAGAAGCUAUUCACAGGGCAGUAGAAUUUAAUCCACAUGUGCCAAAAUAUCUGCUAGAAAUGAAAAGCUUAAUCCUUCCCCCUGAACACAUUCUGAAGAGAGGGGACAGUGAAGCAAUAGCAUAUGCUUUCUUUCACCUUCAACACUGGAAGAGGGUAGAGGGGGCUUUGAAUCUCUUACAUUGUACGUGGGAAGGCACUUUCAGAAUGAUUCCCUAUCCUUUAGAAAAGGGACACCUUUUUUACCCUUACCCCAUCUGUACAGAAACAGCUGACAGAGAACUACUUCCAUCAUUUCAUGAAGUUUCAGUUUACCCCAAGAAAGAGCUUCCUUUCUUUAUACUCUUCACUGCUGGAUUAUGUUCCUUCACAGCCAUGCUAGCUCUCCUGACACAUCAGUUCCCAGAGCUUAUGGGGGUCUUUGCAAAGGCUUUUCUCAGCACUCUCUUUGCCCCUUUAAAUUUUGUGAUGGAGAAAGUAGAAAGUAUUCUGCCCUCCAGCCUGUGGCACCAGCUGACGAGGAUCUGAAGGAAUACCCAACCCUGUUCGACUGCCACAGCAUCUUCUGUGCCAACUUUUUUGUUGACCACAAGAAAGCAUGAUAAAAAAAGGGAAGCAGUUCUAAGACUUCAAAACUCUUCAUGGAUUGUCUGUUCUCAUAUAAAAAAACUGUUUUGUUGUACAAACAACAUUGAUGUUAGGUUCUAUUAUAUUUUGCCUUCAGAAAAGAAAAAAAAAUCUUAAAAAUAAACUUUUGUGUAUUGCA